UCCGUCUCGCCAACUCACUCGCUCCUCAUAGCCCCUCGCUCAUGCAAGAGUAUUGGUUGUGGUGUAGCCAGCCACUGCGCAUCUGCAGCUCCCUCAGGCUCACGGCGGGCUUGGCCCACAUAAACCCGUCCGGGACCACGCACGCCGCACGACAUGAGCGAGUCCCAUUUGACCCACCAUGCCGUGACCACCAAUUCUGGUUUCUGACGCAGACGGGCUUCGUAGAUGGCCAGAGAAUAGGAUGCGAGAACGGAAUGUUUAGAACUCGUUCUCUACUCCCACUCUACGCCGUUGUUGCAGUCACUGUCCCAAUACUUUUGUCUCGCUGGCAACGCCUUGGCUGUGGGGUAUUCUCGUCUGAUAUUUGCAGAAUGGCCUCCCGUUUGCAGCAACUUUGCGGCCGGUCAGACUGCGGCCAAUUCGAGUACAGGGCCCACUUUGCCUUCAAUCUGGACUUAAAGCAGGCGAAAGUAAGCAGCAGAGGCUUUUUUGCCCGGUGACGGGGCCAGUCGGUGUCGGGAAUCAGGGUGCAGAAGGGAGGGCAGCCUAUGAGAAAGCAUUGGCUGUUCUUUGAGGAGUGCCAUAUUGUUCUGGGGCCCUCAUUAGCUCACUGCUAUGGGGCCAAUCGUGAGAUGCUGUUCAUUGUCAACAUGGAAGGGGAGUGGUUUCGGUAUCAAAGAAGUAUGAUAAUGAAUAUUUUGGGCGCGGAAUGAAGCCCCGCGCUCCUGGGUAGGCAGUGCGAGAUGUCGAAAGUGUGAAAGAUGUUGUGAUACCUGAAGACAAGAUCUAUAGACGGGCCUCCGAACAUUCGUCUGUUUGCCUGU